AUGUCUCAAGAGGACAAUCCUCCUUUUAGAAACCCACACAACGCAAUAGGAGUUCCAGGGAUUCUUAAAGUCCACCGAAAAGACCUUGAAAAGAAGAAACUAGACAUCAGGAUUUCAAAUGAAAAAUAUUUGCGAGACCAUCCAGAACUUACAGUUAUGCUACAAAUCUUCAUGAGAGAAACCUUGAAUGAGCACCCAGAGAAUGUGCUGCAGUUUGCAGGGUGGUUUUUCGAUAGAGAAGAGCUUAGAGACAUAGUAAAUUGGGGACUUCAGCAGCAAAGUCCUGCUGAAAUGGAGAUCCUGAAGCAAAAAGGACACCCUCAAAAAGGCCCAUAUGCAGUAGAGCUCGAGCCUGGGGUAAAAUAUUUUUAUUGUGACUGUGGAAAAUCUAAAACUCAGCCUUUUUGUGAUGGAUCUCAUCAAGGGUCAAUUUUUGCUCCUAUUCAGUUUGAAGUAAGUGAAAAGAAAACGUAUUAUCUUUGUGGGUGCAAAUGCUCGAAAAAUAAACAGUUUUGCGAUGGGACUCAUAAUGAUUUGGAUUGGUAG